GUCACAGAACACCUAUUCAUGGAUCAGCACAUUUGCAAAAAGCUGUUCUUAUUGCAGACUGCCAGGGUGCUUCCUGAAGGCAGCUGAAAUGGAGGAAGACCAGGAGGAUGGUGAGACAAAAACUGUACCGUUAAUACAAAAACAGUGUUAAUUUGCUGCUGAGAGCGGUGGAGGCAGCCAGUCGUUGUAGGUGCCAGUUGUGAUGUGAGAUAGCGCUGCCAUCAGGGGGCAGUGUGUGUGUGUGUGUGUGUGUGUGUGUGUGUGUGUGUGUGUGUGUGUGUGUGUGUGUGUGUGUGUGUGUGUGUGUGUGUGUGUGUGUGUGUGUGUGUGUGUGUGUGUGUGUGUGUGUGUGUGUGUGUGUGUGUGUGUUAUGCAUCCCAUAAGCAUUCGGCCAGAACAAUGUCACCCUGCCAGAUCUGUACAGUACUAAAGGGAAUUCAGGGGAACUGUGUGUGUGUUAAAACACUGUGAGAGCAAGAGAGAGAGGACGAGAGUGAAGGGGAAAUGGAACAUACCGUGACUAUGAGAAUGUGAAAGUUGAACACACGAGACACUAAUGUCUAAUGAACAGCCCACAUUAGAAUGAGUUAGCGUGUUUGUAUGUACACUGAACAAAAUAUAAAUGCAACAUGCAAAAUACCCCAGAAAUGUUCCAUAAGCACAAAAUGCUUAUUUCUCUCAAAUUUUGUGCACAAAUGUGUUUACAUCUCUGUGAGCAUUUAUCUUCAGAAACAUGUGUGCUAUGUUCCUGAAUGUCAACUUCUGUCUGCAACUGCACUAAUGACGUUCUUUUAAUGAUUUAAUUAAAAAUAUUGUCAUAAUGCUAAUAUCACCAAUGAGCCAAUGAUUGACAAGUACCAAGGAACGAACCCUAACAGGGUGAGCUAAUAUGAACUAACUCAGUAAAAUCUUUGAAAUUGUUGUUUAUAUUUUUGUUCGGUAUACUGUAUGUGUAUAAAAAAGAGGAAGAGGGGAAGGGAUAAUGGAGAAAUAAUUGCUUUUAUCAAGUGAGCGGGAUCCUGAUUCUAAAAAGAUUGGAGUCAGCACAGUCCCCCCACCCCUGCUCUCCCCCGUCUCAUCAUCAGCAGAGGGGGCAGGCACUGUGCUGCAAUCCUCCUCUCUCUCUCCUUCAGACCACUCUUUCCCUGAGUGCAUCAGGAGCCUGCAGAGGAGCGGUGGAGGAUGACUGGCGCUAUCAGGGGCACCCUGCUCUGGCAUGCUUGGAGGAUGCCACAAACCAGGAGAGGAUUUUGAGACGGAGCGAGAGAGCCUGUCAACCACUGGCCAACGCCAACACAGCACGAGAGAGAGAGAGAGAGAGACAGCGAGAAGAGGGGGGGUUCCACCUUUACCAGAGAAGGAAGAAGAGCAAGGGAGAAAAAAUUAAGUGAGAGAGAGGAAGAAUGUGAAAGAAAGGAAAAAUACCCCAAAAAGAAAGCCAGUGCAAAAAACAGAGCCAAAAAAGAAAAUGGUGCAUGAAUAAUAAGGGCAACUUAACACCCCCUAGAUUUGACUUGACAAUCACCCUCUCCAGCCAGCUGCUCUGAAAAAAAGAGGGGGGAGCAAGUGAGAGGUCUGGCCAAGGGAAGGAGAGAGGACGAAAAGAGCAAGAUGACGGAGUGAAGCGAUGGAGAGGAUCAGAUGUGUGUGAAUGAGUGAUGGUCUUGACGAAGAUCCAUACAGGAUCAAAACUGUGUCCUUCCAUUUAGCCCUCAUUAUGCUCCCCCACGCCCCGUUGGCCUGCCUCUUCCUACUCCUCCUGUCGGGGGUGCUGGGGGGGCUGGUCCUGUCCAUCUGCCCCGCCGUGUGCUCCUGCAGCCGGGGCCACCGUGUGGUGGACUGCUCCUCACGGCACCUCUCACAGCUGCCCCCAGGCCUGCAGCACAACAUCCGCUUCCUCAACCUCUCACACAACAGCCUUUGUGGUCUGGACGACCAGCUCAGCCAGUACGCCCACCUGCGUACCCUGGACCUGUCCUAUAACCUCCUGGGUCGCUUCCCCUCCGGCCUGCCCAGGGCCCUCUGGGACAUCCGGGCCGCUGGCAACCAGCUCCGAGCCCUGGACAAGAACGACACGGCCUACCAUUGGAACCUGCAGGUACUGGACCUGUCAGCCAAUGAGUUGGAGAGGGUGGUCUUCAUCAACAACACCCUACCCAGCCUACACGCCCUAAACUUGAGUCACAACCGGUUCUGGACCGUGCCCACCAACAUGCCUCAUAAUCUGGAGAUGGUGGAUUUGGCCCACAACUACCUAGUUCAGAUCCUCCUGGGAUCAUUGGACCGGCUGCCCAGGCUGAAGAGGUUCUACCUGCAUGCUAAUCGCUUCUCCUGGGUGCCGGAGGGGGUAUUUGACCGGUUGGAGGGGCUCGAGUUCUUGACACUUGGGGAUAACCCUUGGGCUUGUGAAGAGGAGGAGAACAUCACACGGCUCUUGCUCUGGGCCAAACACACCCGUGCCGCAGUGUUGGGCUGCCCCUGCUACACUAGGCCAACAUGUGGGCAAGCCCAUCUGGCCACUCCAGGAGGGGAGUGGCACUUUACGUCCCACACAGAGCCUCCGCUGGGGGCUGAUGCCAGAGAGCUGGGCCGUGGAGGCCUCACACCGGAUAGAGCUGCAGUCGUCACUUCUGGGUACUUGGCUAAGUCUGCGUUGUUGGAGCCUGGGACGCAUGGAGACAGAGGGUCUGCCAACAGCUCGGGGGAUCAGACAUGGUUUGUGUUCAUCUCCACCCCCUUGCACGGCCUCUCCACACGCACAAGCACUACAGGGCAGCCGCACUCCGCCGCCAAGAAGAAAAACACAGGAAGCACACAGAGCAGAAGCCACGGAGUCCACACACCAAUCCUGUAUUCUGUAGUCACCUGGAACCUUCUAGUCACGGUGACUGCCUUCAAAGUCUUCUAAACCCACCCGUUGUCAGUACUGGAGUCAAGUCUUGAUAUAUUUUGGAGAGGGCUAACCCUAUGUACAUAUGACCCAGAAUGUAAAAGGGAGAGGUUUGUUAUUGUUUUCAUUUUAAAGAACAACUUUCAACUGUUACUGCCUAAAUGUGUAUCCUCUCUCAUCUUCCAACCAUUUGACCACCAUCUACAGAGUGAUGUUGUGCUGUAUGGCUAUAUCUUUCAAACUUGUAUACAAAUAAUAUAUAGGCAAAUGUAUACACAUACAGUGCAUUUGGAAAGUAUUCAGACCCCUUCCAUUUUUACACAUUUUGUUACGUUUCAGCCUUAUUAUAAAAACAUUAAAUAUAUAUUUUUCCUCAUCAAUCUACACAAAAUACC